GGUUGCAUUGUUGCAUUGGGGGUGGGUGGCUUGGAGGCCUUCGUGUCCUUCCAAGGUCCCUUCAAGCACAUCUCCGUCUUCAGCCGGAGCAGGGGGCUUUUCUUUUGGUGUUAUCUCUCCAUCAGUACCCCUCUGGCCGAAACCAAAGGACUCGAACUCAGCUCCAUCCGUCCCCAUCACUGGAGGUUAAUUGGCCUCUUGGUUUGUGGAGAGGCUCUUCUGGGGGAGGAGGCGGCGCCCUCUUCCCGGGGGCGGUGUGGUGAUGCGCUGCCCUUGAGCGCCCGCCGGGCCUCUUCCUCCUCUCCCUGCUUUGCCCCCCUCCUGGGCCCUUGGCCUUCCUCUUCCCUCCUCCUCUUCCUCCUCCUCCUCCGGGAUCAUGCCAGGCAGACCCUCCAGCGGCAGCAGCAGCAGCAGCGGCGAAGGAGGCAGCAGCAGCCCCAGCCCCGCCGCCAACCAUGGCUCCCCCCAGAAGCAGCAGCAGCAGCAGCAAAGGCGGGAGGAAGAGGAGGAGGAAGAGGAAGGAGAGGAAGGGGAGCGGGAGCAGCGGCGGCGAGAAGACCAGCAGCAGCAGCAGCAGCAGGAGGAGGAAGAGGAGGAAGAGGAGGAGGAAGGGGGCGAGCAUCCUCUCCGGCGGCGGCAGCGGCGGCGGCAGCGGCAGCAAGAGCCUCCCUCUCCUCCUCCUGCUGCUCCUGGGCAGCCACAGCCUCCCUCUCGGCCUCCCGAGGCGCCUGGUCCUGCGGAGCAUCCUCCUCCUGCUGCCUCCUUCCUCCGCCGGCCCUUUUCUCGUCCGCCCUGGGCGCUGAACGGCGAGGCGGAGGUAGAGGCUGGGCUGGGGCUGGGCGCCGCGCCCCCGGAGGAGCACCAGGAGACCCGGCUGUAUGAGACCCUCCGGGGCCCCGGCCUCAGCCCCAGCAGCCCGGCCCCGGCCCCUCGGCCGCCGCUGCCAACGCCUGGGACGCCGGCGCCAGCGCCUGGGCGGAUGGACGAGCCGCCGCCGGGCCCCGGCCCCAGCCCCAGCCUCCUCCUCCUCCGCAUCGGCAUCCCCGACCUCCAGCAAACGAAGUGUCUGCGGCUGAACCCCGAUGUCCCCGUCUGGGUCUCCAAGCAGCGCAUCCUCUGCACCCUGAACCACAGCCUGAAGGAUGUCCUGAACUAUGGCCUCUUCCAGCCAGCCUUCAAUGGCCGGGCGGGGAAGUUCCUGGACGAAGAGAGGCUGCUGAGGGAGUACCCCUUGAACCCGGACACACCAGUCCCUUACCUGGAGUUCCGGUACAAGAGGCGCGUCUACACCCAGAGCCGCUGGAUGACAAGCAGUUUGCCAAGUUGCACACCAAGCGCAGCCCCCCAAAGGUCUUCCUUGCAAACCUAUUCUGGCCCCAAAGGUGUUCCCAAAGGUCGCCCCACGGAGCAGGAGCUGCAGCAGAGCAACCUGGGAGGCAACCCAGAUCAUUCCAGCCUAGAUAUGGGGAUCAACCGCCUUGCCUUCCCGUUUGGGCCCAUGGAUGGCUGUGGGAUCUCCACCAGGCUUUUAGCAGAGACGGAGCUAGCUCUCCCGGCUUUCUUCAUCACCUUAUGUCCGACAGCGCAAGACCAGAGUUCAUUUCCUGCGGCGACUGACGCUCAUAAUCUUCGCCAAGCCACAGAUAAAUACAGCUGUGAUGGGUUGCCCUGCGACAUGGCAACUCCCAGAACUGGUUUUAAAAGCUUUAAGCUACCCUUUGGCUAUAGCCAUGCUUGCAAGCUGCCUGGCGACGUGGUCGGCUCGCUUUUGGGGUUCCGGUACAAGAGGCGCGUCUACACCCAGAGCCUGCUGGAUGACAAGCAGUUUGCCAAGUUGCACACCAAGUUCUGCUUCCCAGGAAGCCACAUGGAGAGAGUGGCUGUGAUUCUGCUCCUCUGCCCUUCUCCCUCCUGCGCCUUGCAGUGA